AUGGAGCUGAUCGCGGGCGCCGCUCUCCGGCGCCGGCUCGCCGACGAUCCGCCGCUGCUCUCCGGCCUCGUGGAUCCGGAGGUGCAGAUCCAGAUGAACGGAGUGGAUCUCACCCUCGCCGAGGUGAGCCUCUUCGGGAGAGGUCCGGGCCGGGUGGAUUUCGACAACCGCCGCCGCCGCAUUCCGGCGCCGGAACCGCUCUCGCCCGAUGGCGACGGCGUCUUCCGGCUCCCCGCCGGGCCUUACUGGAUUCGCUACCACGAAGUGGUGAACAUCCCGCCGGACGUCUUCGCCAUCGGACGCACCCGGUCGUCGUUGCUCAGAAGCGGAGCGCAGAUCGGCACCGCGCUAUGGGACUCGGGGUACCGAGGACGCAGCGGUUCCCUCCUGACCGUCCACCAUCCCGACGGACUGGAACUCAUCCGCGACGCCCGCGUCCUCCAACUGGUGUUCUUCCAGUUGGCGGCGCCGGCCGAGCGGACCUACGCCGGUGCGUACCAGAACGAAUAG